UGGUCAUGUGGGCGGGCAGACGUCACAGCGCGGAGCUGGAGAGAAACCGCUUCUGCGACCCGUCUGUCUUUCUAGUCCAAUGUCCCACUGAGUAGACAGAUCCACGUGCAUGCAGCAGACAUUUUGGUACUUGUCAUCAAACCUUUAGAUAUUAGUGUUUCAUUGAAACACACACAUCAGAAGCAACCAUGGUGAAGCUAGCAAAGGCAGCAAGUCAACAAAUUAAAAAGAAAAAAGCCCCCCCACCCCCCAAAAAAGUGGAAGAGGAAUCUAGUGAAGAAGAAAGCAGUGAGGAGGAAGAGACCCCUCCACCUAAAGUAGCAAAAAAAGCAGCAGGUAAAGCUUCCCCAGCAGUCAAAAAUGGUACCCCUGCCAAAAAACAAGAAAGUUCUGAUGAAGAGGAUGAUUCUGAGGAAUCUGAGGAAGAGGCACCACCACCUAAAAAGACACCUGCAAAAGCAGCAUCUGCAAAGACAGCUGCUAAAGCCACAGCAGUGAAAGCAGCGCCUGCCAAGGCUGAGCAGUCUGAUGAUGAUGACGACGACGAAGAUGACGAUGAUGAUGAAUCUGAAGAGGAGGCCCCACCUCCCAAGAAAGCAGCAAAACCAGCAGCCAAGCCUCCUGCCAAAGCCCCAGCAAAGGCCAAACCUGCUCCAAAGGAGUCUUCUGAUGAUGAUGACGACGAUGAUGAAGAUGAUUCAGAGGAGGAGGAAGAGGCAGCUCCACCCCCAAAGAAGGCUGCUCCAGCCAAAGCAGCUGCCGCUAAACCUGCGGCCAAAGCAGCUGCUAAAUCUGCAGCUAAAGCACAGCCUGCUAAAGAGGAGUCUGACGAUGAGGAGGACGAUGAAGAUGACUCUGAAGAAGAGGAGAUGGACACCACUCCAGCUCCAGCAGCCACCAAGGCAAAGAAAGCAGGCAUGGUCAAAGCCAAGGAGGAGUCAGAGGAGGAGGAAGAUGAUGAUGAUGAUGACGACGAAGAUGAUGAGGAGGAGGAGGAUGAAGAACCUCCAGCAAAACCUCAAAAGAGGAAGGCGGAGACCAAAAAGCAGGAGACUCCUGCUAAAAAAGCAAAGUCGGAUGGUGAAGGUUUCAGCCUUUUUAUCGGAAAUCUAAACUCCAGCAAAGACUUCGAUGAACUCAAGGAUGGGCUAAGAAAAUUCUUCACCAAAAACAGUCUGGAGAUCGUGGAUGUUCGACUUGGGGGAUCAAAGAAAUUUGGCUAUGUGGACUUUGCAUCCGAGGAAGACCUCAACAAAGCACUGGAGCUCAAUGGCAAGAAGUUCAUGGGUCUGGAGUUGAGGAUGGACAAGGCUCGCAGCAAAGAAAACGCACAGGAGGGCAAGAAAGAGAGGGACGCCCGGACGUUGUUUGUGAAAAACCUUUCCUUCUCUGCUACGGUUGAUGACCUGAAGGAGGUUUUUGAAGAUGCUGUUGAUGUGCGGUUACCUCAAGGCCAAAACGGUUCCAACAGAGGUAUUGCCUACAUUGAGUUCAAAACCGAGGCUGAAGCAGAGAAGAUGAUGGGGGAGGCUCAGGGUGCUGAAGUUCAGGGAAGGUCAAUCAUGGUCGACUAUGUUGGAGAGAAAAGCCAGAAAGGAAGCAGAGUAUCAACGUCAGGCGCCGCCAACAAGACACUGGUGGUGAAUAAUCUCGCCUUCAGCGCCACAGAAGAAGUGUUGCAGUCCACCUUUGAGAAAGCUGCAUCCAUCAGGAUUCCACAGAGAGACGGCAGGCCUAAAGGGUUUGCCUUUAUUGAGUUUGAAAGCACUGAAGACGCCAAGGAAGCUCUGGAGAACCUAAACAAUACAGAAAUUGAAGGCAGGACCAUCCGGCUGGAGUACAGCCAGAACAGCGGGGGAAGAGAUGGCGGUGGCGGCGGCAGGGGAAACUCCGGUCCAACAAAGACUCUUUUUGUGAAGGGUCUCUCUGAGGACACCACAGAUCAGACCCUCAGGGAUUCCUUCGAUGGCGCCGUAGGAGCCAGGAUAGUCACAGACAGGGACACCGGUUCGUCUAAAGGCUUUGGCUUUGUGGACUUUGACAACGAGAACGACUGCAAGGCAGCAAAGGAGGCGAUGGAAGACGGUGAAAUAGACGGCAGCAGGGUGACCCUGGAUUACGCCAGGCCCAAGGGUGAAGGCGGCUUCCGUGGAGGCAGAGGGGGUGGUGGUGGAGGUCGUGGCGGGUUCAGAGGAGGCCGCGGCGGGUUUGGAGGCCGAGGGGGUGGCAGAGGAGGAGGAAGGGGUGGACGAGGAGGCGGACGAGGUGGCUUUGGGGGUGGGCGAGGUGGAGGCGGGUUUGGAUCAAAACCCCAGGGGAAGAAAAUCAAGUUUGAUGACUAAAUCCUGGAUGUAGUUGUGUUUUGAACAGACUCUGGUUUCAUCCGUUUCAGAGCUUUUGGACAUUCCAGAAAGCAUCAUUGGUAUAUUUAUCUGUAAAGGGGCCUUUUUAAGCCCCAUGUUUAGACCCUUCACCACCUACUUUACCCUCCUGUGCCAGAAUGGUACUUCAGACCGUUUCAACUUUUGGUGCUACGCGUAAAAACAGUAUGCUCCAAAUGCAAACCUGCACCUCUCGUCAUUUUACGCUAUCUUUUCCACGGGGAGUAAAAUGAAGCGGUUUUGCUGUGAAAAGGAAGCUGUGUAAAUUUAAAUUUCGUUUUACCUUUUGUAAGAAGAAAUUACACCUGUAACCAUAUUUUUGUUUUUAUUUUGUUAGGUAAGUUUUGUUGUGUUGCGUCUUUCAUAGUCUAAUCCUAUAAAGCUGCAUUGGUUUGGUGGCUAAAGGAGUCGCAGAUGAAUUCAUUUCUCUGUAACAUAAAAUGUUUAGACUACGUUGACUGGUUUUUGACCUCUCAACAUUUUCACCUGAAAUAAAACCUUACAAGAGGUCAUUUUUAAAUAUC